CAAAAUAUAAACACAAACGUGUAACUUCAAACUUCUCCAAACAAACUUCAGAUGUUUUCAUGAAAGUAAAAACUCCUGGUGAAGCAACUGAGAUCCACGUGACACGAUUAUAAAGAUGGUAUUUAUUAAAGUGGAAAGUGAAGACAUGAAGAUUGAAGAAGCAUUCAGAGUCAAACAUGAAGAUACUGAGGAACAAACAGACCUGAUGGCGCUGAAAGAGGAGAGUCAAGAACUGAAUGAAACGGAAGAGAAAGACCAAAAUGAGAAACAUGAUUUCAAAACGGAAGAAAAAUCAAUUAGUUGCUCACAGAUUGAAAAGACCUCACGAGAAAACACUAAAAAAACAACAUGCCCUCAAUGUGGAAAAUGUUUGACACGUAAAAAAAACCUUAAGGCUCACAUGAGAAUUCACACAGGAGAGAGACCUUACACCUGCUCUCAGUGUGGAAAGAGUUUUACACUGAAAGGUCACCUUAAUGCCCACAUGAGAAGUCACACUGGAGAGAAACCUUAUACCUGCAAACUGUGUGGGAAGAGUUUCUCACUUAGUGGAGGUCUUAAGACUCACAUGAUAAUUCACAUAGAAAAGAAUCCAUUAGUAUGCUCUCAGUGUGGAAAGUGUUUUACACAGAAAAAAAACCUUAAUACCCACUUGAGAAUUCACUCUGGAGAGAAGCCUUUCACCUGCCCUCAGUGUGGAAAGAGUUUCAGGCUCAGAGAUAAUCUUAGGACUCACAUAAGAAGUCACACUGGAGAGAAGCCAUUCACAUGUGAUCAGUGUGGAAAGAGUUUCAGAUAUAAAGAAAACCUUAAUAAUCACAUGAAGAUGCACUCAAGAGAGAAGAGUUUUAAAUGUCAUCAGUGCGAAAGGAGUUUCACAGACACGAAUCACCUUCAGGAUCAUGUUAAAAUUCACAUCGGAGAAAAGCCUCUCAUGUGUCAGCAGUGUGGAAAGAGUUGCUCAACUGAAGGAAGCCUCAAGGAUCACUUGAGAACUCACACCGGAGAGAAACCUUUCACCUGCGAACAGUGUGGAAAGAGUUUCAGGGUUAAAGGAAACCUUCAGAUUCACAAGAGGAUUCACACUGGAGAGAAGCCUUACAAGUGUCCUCAGUGUGAGAAGAGUUUCACAUUUCAAAGCAGCAUGAAACGCCAUUUGCAAACUCAUUCUCUAAAGAAAUCACCAUUUUCCCCAGAGUGACAAGGUUUAGGAAAAGGAGUAAUUUCUACAAUCAUCUGCACAAUCAUUUUGGAAGACAUUCAAGUGUAGUCAGUGUAAUAAAGCAUUGUGUGAAAUCAAGUCUAUGUUCACAGUGCAGCUGAAUGUGGGCUACAUCUGACUGUUACCUUCAUGAUUACUUUUUUUUUUAAAACUUUUUAUUUGCAUAUUUCACCUCUUUAUGGUUCACCAUAAGGCUUUUUAUUUCAUUUUUGUGCAUAUUAACUCAUAUGACCAUACCUGACUGUAUGUUUUUUAAAUAUAGUUUCAAAUAUUGAGCGGUUGUGGUAGAUUCCUUCUAAUUUCAACUAUAGAGGUGUCACUCAAUUCAGUGUGUUGAUUCCUCUGAAUCAAAAUAUUAGUCAAACUUCUACUUUACAGUGAAAUGUAACUGGAAGCUUAAAAAUAAAUGGACAAACUGAACAAAAUGACUUGUUCCCAUUGAUUGUAGGUGUAUUUUAGCUCAUUAUGUGAUCAAUUUCAAUUGAAUGUUGUAACAUCUUAAUAAGUUUACUGAUUGUAGAACUCUGGAAAUAAGAGGCAACUUUAAAUUUAUGAUCAGGAAAAGCAUGGAAAUUUUAUUCUAGUUAUGCGCAGGUCUGACUUUUUAAAACUUUUAUCAGCCCAGUUCAUUCUUUAUUGUGUUACCAGCACCUUGUAUGUACAUAUACGUACUGUUUCCUUUCUUAUUAAUUUGCUGAAAUAAACAAUCCUAAGCAGUU